AAUCCUGCCCAGGAGCGAAUGGAGCUCAGUGGCGCGCCCGGCCGGGAGGAAGAAGGAGCGUGAAUGCGGGCUUUUCCCCGGCUUUCCUCUCUCUCCGCGCGUGGUCCUUCGCAGGCGCGCCUUUGCUUUGGGGCUCCCCAAGAGAGGCCGAAGGAGCGUCCCUUGGCAGCCGGGUGGUUUCUCCUGCCUUUGCGAGGAUGUCUUAAGCUGUAAGAGAACAAAUGCAAGGUAAUUCUUCGAUCAGCUAAAGAUGCAGCAGAGCAAAGACUAUAUUCAGCCGGUACUGUUGUCCAGACUCUACUUCACACCUUCCAUUCCAGCAAAACAACUUUUGAAGCAAGAUGACUUAUAAAAGUUGGCGUAUGAGGAUUUUAUUAAGGCUGCUGUCCAAAAUAAAUAUUCAUCUACGAUGAACACUUCCCCUGAAGGAGAGACUGUGAACUCUUUUGCGAAAACAAGAACUCUGUUUAAAAAUAAAGAUCCUUAACUGUAGUUGGACAUAAGAAGAGUGCAUCAGAAUGUACAUUAAUCAUAGAAGAGUAAGAAAAUGCCAAUUUGUACAGCUAUUUGCCACUUGUUUUGUGCUGUCUCUCAUGGUUUUUUGGGGACCACUUGACAAUAGUAUUGUGAGCCACAUGAAGUCUUACUCUUAUAGAUACCUCAUAAAUAGCUAUGAUUUUGUGAAUGAAAGCUUAUCUAUCAGUAAGGACUUGGAUAGGGUAGCAGGCUGUCAAUACUUGAUCAACCACAAGGAGAAAUGUCAAAAGCAAGAUGUUCUGCUGCUGCUGCUUGUGAAGUCUUCACCUGAGAACCGUCACCGGAGAGACUCUAUUCGGAAAACGUGGGGUAAUGAAAAGUACGUCCGUUACUAUCUUCAGGCCAACAUAAAGACCCUGUUUGUGUUGGGGCAGCCAAGAAACCUUACAGACAGAGACUAUAUGCAAAUGAGGCUUCAAACAGAAGACAAGUUUUACGGCGACCUGAUUCAAGGAGACUUCUUAGAUACUUUCUACAACCUUACCCACAAAUUACUCAUGCAGUUUAGCUGGGUAAAUAAGUUCUGUCCUCACGCCAAGUUUGUUAUGUCAGCAGAUGAUGACAUUUUCAUCCACAUGCCAAAUCUUGUUGCAUACCUCCAAAAUCUAGCACAAGUUGGUGUUCAGAAUUUUUGGAUUGGGCGUGUCCAUCGUGGAGCACCUCCCAUAAGAGACAAGAAAAGCAAAUACUACGUUCCCUAUGAAAUGUAUCCCUGGCCUGCGUAUCCGGAUUACACAGCAGGAGCUGCGUAUGUAAUAUCGAGUGACGUAGCAGCUAAAGUAUAUGCAGCCUCGCAGACUCUUAAUUCAAGCCUUUACAUAGAUGAUGUUUUCAUGGGUCUCUGUGCCAACAAAAUGGGAAUUGAACCACAGCACCCCUUUUUUUCUGGGGAAGGGAAGGCUCCAUAUCACCCAUGCAUUUACAACAAAAUGAUGACUUCUCAUGGACAUGUAGAAGACCUUCGCUACCUUUGGAAGCAGGCUACGGAUCCAAAAGUGAAAAACAUUUCCUCUGGAGUUCUGGGUAAAAUAUAUUGUAGAAUGGUUAAUGUUAUGCUUCUUUGCAGAUUAGACUAUCAGGACACAUAUCCCUGUGUUGCUGCAUUUUCCUAAUACUUGAAUAGACUUGUUGAGCCAAAAAUCUGAAAUCUCCAGCUCUUUUCUCCCUUGACACAUGAAAAAUGAACAUAAAAUAUUAUGUGAAAACUUUAAAUGUGAAUGUUUGCCUAUAUCCCACACUAAUCUAAUGGCUUCAACAAAGUUUUCUUGGCUCUAUUGAACCAUUUGCUCCCAUAUGUUAGAGUGUAUUUGUCCAAGAGACUUAAAGAACUGGCUAGAUAUUACUGAAAACUGUAUGUUUACACUUCCAAUUCUAAACUAGCUGUAAUUACCAUAUGGAAUUGAAUUUGGAAAACAGAUUAUUUGAAAACCAUGUACAUCUUCUGUUUAUAAUACGAUUUGGAAAGAGCAGGUAAAGUAGGCAGCUCAGAUAAAUGCAAUGAUGAAAGUAUUGAUGUACCAGUUAAAUAAUGUUUUCUUCCCCACUCCCAUGCACAAUCACAUGUUGAUUGUAUGUCUUAUCAAUCCAAUGGCACUAUGCCUGUUACCACUAUAUCACAGUCCAUCACAGUGAUAAUUCAGUCUUAACUUUAGAAACCUUGAUCCUAUACAAGUGGUGCUCAUGCUGGCUUCAAGCACUGGUUCAAAUGAAUCCUGAAAAACUUCAUCUCUAUUUCAAAAUUUUGUAAAACAACUUUAAAAAAUGUAAAAUCUUGCAACCGAAGCACUGAUCUCUGAACAAAAAAAAUCACACUUAAUUAUUCCUCGCCUCCCAGUUGGUCUUCACUGCAAAUAUAUUUUCAUCCUGUUCACUUCUGUUAAACUUAAUCAGCAGGGGACACUGCUCUAUCUGAAAGUGUAGGAUUGCACAGCACAAGAGUGGCUUCUAAAGUUCAGAAAGGUGUAAAACGCACCAAUCCAUGUCAGCUACUUACAUGAGUAAAUUUCCCACCAAUUCAUGUUUUAAGGGACUUUGCAAUCUAUGAAUCCGAAAUAGAAAAUGCGUUAAGUUCUGCUAGUGCAAGAACUUUUGCCCGCAGAAGUGGACUCCCCCUCCCUCUCCUCUCUGCCCCCUAAAUAUGUUGUAAGAGUUCCCUCAAACCUCUGGAGCAAAUUUGGGGGACAUGGGGAAAGAAGAGGGAGUGGAAGCUGUUUCUUACUUGUAUGUUGUCCUGUUUUGUAACAGGGAUGGUGCACCUCUGACUCUCCAGAUAUGGGACUACAACUCCCAUCAUCCCUAACCAUUGGCCAGUUGGACUACAGCUGAUGAAAGUUGUAGUUCAACAACAUCUGGAGGGGCACAGGUUCCCCAGUGCUGUUUUACAGGGUGGGUUGGAACUGAAUUUAUUUGCUUGCCGCAUAAGGUUCUAGGCAAAAGGGUUUGCAUAGUUUGGGGAGGGGAGAAUCUUGGCCAUCUCUCCUCAUCGCCCUGUUCCCCCAGGCUACUGGCUUUGCUUUAAAAUCAAAAUUGCAUACAAUGUAGGGCUAAUGGAACAUGGAUUUUUAUUGGUGUUUAAUUUCUAUAUUGCUAUAACCAGUUUCAAACAGACAUCCCAUUGACAGCUAGCUUAAUGCCAUCCAAUAACAGUCGAAAUAUGCUUAAGAGUUUGGGUCUUGUUAGCAGGCCUUUGCUUUGUCUGAAGUGCUAGUCCAGUGACCACAGUGCUCAGGUGACCACAAAAUUUAAGGCCUAAUGUAUAGCUAGCACCUAAAACUUAUGUUGACUGUUGGAAGUGCUGUAUGUGUUUUGUGUUUUACAGCAGGUAUGUUCUGCUUUUAAAAGUAUUUAUUAGCUAGCUUUAAAGGGACAUGGAGAUGGUUUCGUACUACUUUAGCUUGCAGAAGAAUGUUUAACAAUUUAGAGAAGUUAUGAAGGCACUCUUUCCAGGAAAAGAGAGCUCGACAUUUUCUUAUCCUUCUGGGUUCUGAACAUUGAUUGUCUUUAUAUAUUUGAAACUGGAAAUUCUUGAGUUUGCCAGUGCUCCAGAUGCAAGGUUGUUAGACUUUUAUUUUUCCACUUCACAGGUAAAAUUGCUUCAGCCUGAAUGGUAACUUCAGGUACUAGUUUUGACACUGUUGCACAAAAGUGUUUAUUUAAAGCAGUUACUUGUUUGGUUUGCAGCUAUUUGAUAUGAUUUUUUUUAUUACAGAAAUGACUAUUUAUUCAUGACACUUUUGCUCUGUAUCACGUUUUGUAAAAUACUUGUUUUCAAUAAACAAUUUUGUGUUAUUUUGUAAA